UUGUUUUUUUUUUCAACACAUUAAUACAUCCCCCUCGUGCAUUGUCUAAUCUCAAUUAUCGGUCGGAAAAGAAGAAAAUCCCCGAGUGAAAAAUCGUAAUCCGGACCGCGGCUAUUGUCAGUCCGGCCCUCGUCCAUACAUAGCACAGAUAGGUAUAUAACACAAAAAACGAAAUGGCGUCCUCCCCACAUGGUAGUUUAUAAACGGGUUUUAAUAUAUUUUAUUGAUAAAAAUACGUUUAUUCUUAUAAUUCCAGUUUGAAAUAUCAAUUGUUAAAAGUGUAACCGGUGUAAAUUGUUUUUAAAACGGUAAUCGCGGGCGAGCCGGCCGAUCUGCUGUACUACCACGAACCUCGCCACUUCCCGACGUGUUAUUCGGCGUUUUUCUCUCUUAAUUUUCAAACUCAUUCGUCUUUAUUUACGGCGAUUAUAUUACGGCCCUGUGUCUCGAACGGAGUUCUUCUCGAUGGGAGCCGCUUUGCUAGGUUAAGAACGGAAGGAAUCCUGCGGGUGUCCGGACGUUUGACAGACGGACGAAAGUGAAUCUCCCUGCUCUUUUCGCCCCUGGGGGUUUCUUUAUUCCGAUCCAAUUCCCCGGCCCUUGAACUUCGUCCAUUUUUAUUUGUAAAUAGGAAGCAAGACUGUGUAAAUAUAAUUAAUAAUUUAAGAGGAACGUAACUAUGAAUCAGAGUACCAACAAAGUACGGAAAGGAAGAAUGCCCGAGGUCAACAAGGAUAACAAUCAGAAAGUCGUCCGGACGAACGAUAUCAAAGUUGACAACGCCAAGCAGACGGACAAAUCCCAGGCCGUACCUACUCCUGAACAAAUGCGUAUUGCUCAGAUAAUAGACAUGAGAUCUGAGGAUCCUUCUCUUAAAGACAAACUUAAACAGGUUAUGGAUGCAACUCAGACUACAGUCGAUGAAGCUUAUACAGCUCUUCAUGAUAGUGACAAUGACAUUAACAAAGCUGUUAAUCUUCUUCUGGAGGGUGGCAUGAAGGAUGAGUGGUCAACUUCAUCUAAAAAGAAAAAGGUGCGAACAGUAAGCGAGAAGUCUAAAGAUCCUAAUCAACAGUCUCCAACUACAACUGAAAACUCCAACCAAAACCAGAACGAUGAAGAGGACUUGGGCAAUGGUAUUACACAGUCGACAUUUUCGAAAUCAGAAAAUCGAGGCCGUGGUGGUGGAAGGCCAUACAACAAAAGUCGCGGUGGUCGUGGUGGCCAAACCAACAUGAACAAUGCCAAUAGUCUAAAUGAAAAAGUUGAUAAAACCAAUGUCCAACGUGGUGGUAGAAAUCAAACAAAUGGGCCUAGUAAUAAAGGAAAUCGCAGUUUCAGAGGUGGAAGGCAAGGUCCUCGCGGCCGAGGGAGAGGUGGUGGAGCUAUGUUCAGGCGUCCAAUAGAAAAUUGGAAUGAAAGUAACCUCCAAAAUAACAUCAAUAACGCACCUCCAGCUUUUGAAGACUGGGAUAGUGAAGAAUACACGGGCUCAUUGGCAAAUAGUCAGGUGUUCACAGCUUCUGCUCCGCCUAAACCGAAAUCAGGGGACAUUGAUCUUUCUUCUUUGAUUCAGAGAGAUCAAAUCCCAUCAGAUAGAACCACUCCACCAGCUGAGCCUAUCACACAUUCAUUUACAUCAUCACAAAUUUUGUCACACUUUGCUAUUCAACAGCAGUUGUCAUUAGACAACCAAAAUGUGAAUAAGGGUAUGAAUCGUGAACCAGAUAUGCUAAACGAAGUCAACUCAGUGAAUGCGAUUAGUUCCAGCUCUCUACCAUUAACAUCAGUUGGUCGUUCAUCAGGGAUAGUGCCUAGUUCUAUUCCACUUGCUCUUGGUCGAUCUUUAUCAGUUUCCAGCAACAUUUCUCCUCUUGCAAGUACGAGUCGAGCAAGUUCUUACAUCGGGACAACAACAAAUGCAUUGCCUCUUUCUGCCGUUAAUAGAACCAAUUUAACUGGUACAAUGCCUCAAUUAACAAAACCUGAUGUUUUUAAUGUGGGUCGGGGUAAAGGAGGAGCUUCUCUUAUGAAUUACCGUCCUGACGAUAAUAGGCUUCCUAGAAUGAGCACAAAAGUGAAACCAAGGAUUCCUCCCCCUUCAAAGAUACCACUGACUGCGGUUGAAAUGCCACCUGAUGGGGACAGCUCAAUUGGAAGGCUGGACGUGCAAUUUGGUGCACUAGACUUUGGAGAAUCAUCAUCCGAUACUCUUCCAAACAGCCCUCCAUCGCCGCAGAGAUCCUCGCCGAGUCCACCACCUACCGACGCUUUUGCUACACAAAAUAACACCCAAGGAAAUGACUCUUUAAUAAGCAAUGAUUCACGAAGUUUCUCCCCAGUACCCGGUACAGUGUCCAACUCUCUUACACCCCAGCUGUCAGAUGUUGGGUCUUCUAAAAUUCCAGAAACUACGACUUCCAGUCUGUACCAAGAUUCGGUGUAUCAGUCUUCACUAUAUACCAAGUCGCCCCAACAAAGUCAGGGGAUUUAUAACUCGACGUACACAACUGGCCAGGUGUUUACAUCAAGUAGUGCUAUUUAUAGCAGUACAUCUACUUCUCACAGCUCUUAUUCAAGUACUGUUGGCAACUAUGGUACAAACUCAUACCCGUAUCAGUACCCUAACUACCAAACGUCACACCAAGUGACAACUCAACCAUCAACGAAUAAUCACACUACGUACCAGAGUACCAAUAACCUCUAUGGCAUAGGAAGUCACAGUGUGUACGGAAGCUCUGUAACGUCCAGUUACACCAUGCCUUAUCAAACUACCUACAACAGCUCCAACCAACACAAGGCCAUGCCUUCUGCACCGAGCAGUAAAGAGUAUGAUUCACCGACCCCAAAUGUAAACCUCAGUUCAAUCACCCACACAGCAGCAAUUAGUGGGACCUCGACCUUACUUUCUUCGACACAGACCACACCUACCUCAAAGACGACUGGUUCAACUACUAUGAGUAAGGGUACAAUGGUCACAAACAUGCCUCCAGGUGUCCAGCCGUUAGUAGGCACUCACCAGUAUAUUGUUGGUCAAGGCACAAUGCCAUACUUCCAGCAACAGCCAGCACUUUUCUAUGAGGAUUUACAAUUAAUGCCUCAACAAAGGUUGCAAAAUAUUCCUGGUUAUUUUGAAGUUGGCUAUCAGCCUUCCACAACCAGGGAGUACAACUUGUCGGAUGGACGCUUUGCUAGGACGGAUACAACAUCUCCUGUUCCGAGCAUUACUCAGCAGAGCGGUUCCCAGGCUCACCAACAACAAUUGAUGAAUCCUACUGCUAUACCACCUGCGUUUGCAUACUUUUAUGGGGGUUCUGCUGUGGUGCCUGGAAAUUUCUCAUUCAGUGCUCCAACAAUAUAUCCGGUUGCAGCUACUGGAUCAACUACAGGGCACGGUAGUACAAACUCUGGAACUUAUGGUAAAGGGCCUACCACCUAUGCGGGAAGUUACACUGGCAUUUAUGAAAAUAGUCAACAGAAUGUAGAAGGAUACAAAUCGAAUACGUCUCAAGUACCCAAAGUUCAGCCGACUCAGUCUGCUAAUCCAUCAACAUCCUCGGACAUUUCGAAUAUCUAUUCAAAAUCCCAUUCAGCAUUGUCUAAAUCGUACGAUAAGCCUGGGUUCCAUUGUGCAACACCUCCUCCUUUUAACUUAGGUUCUCAGAAUUCAGGAUUAGGUCCGGGGGGCUAUCCUCAACAUAUAUUUAUUCCGACAAUGACACCACAUCACAACACACCUUUAAUGCAUCAACCCUUGCAUCAGGAAGGAGGGAACAGUGUAAGUGGAAGAUCCCAAGUUAAUAGCCAACAAAAUAAACAAUCAAAAAAUAACUAUUCGUCUACUUACUGGACACAAAAUUAAUAACUGAAGAAAACAACUUAUCAACAUUGAUUCUCAUCUAAAUAUUUUUAUACUUCAUUCGAUUUAAGAAAAAAAAUUGGAUUGGAAAGAAAAGAAAACAACUUAAUUUAGUUCUUACAUUUUUUUUCAUUAAACUUAAUUGUAAAAAAAAAGUUAAUCCAUUUGUUCUUGUCAGUUUUGUACUACGAAUUUUGUAUUAAAAUGCUUUUUAAUACCCAUUAACAUAUUUUUUAUUUCUUUUCUAUUUAAUUUGUUAUAUCUGUUAUGAAAGGAAGUCUUAUCUGUUCUCUUUGAUUUUUGUUUUUCUAUUUAACAAUGUUGAAUCAAUCAUUCAUGUCAUAUGAAAUGAGUGAGGAACUCUUUGUGAUUGGACAUAAGAGUACAAUAAAUUAUACCAUAUAAAUUCCAGAUGAUAGUUUUAGGAAAUAUUACAAUACAAAAAUAAGUUCCUUGAGGAAGUUUAUUUUGUUUGUGUUAAAAUUUCAUUGUAAAAGAUGAUAAGCAUUAAUUUGCCAGUAAUUGGCAAUGAAAGGUGCCUGUAGAUAAAAUAAUUUCUGCUGCUUUUUGUUUCAUAAUGAUAAAUAAUAAUGCAAUUAUUGUUUUAGUUCUGUUGUAUUAUAUCGAUUGUCAUUAUUUAUGGUUACAAUGAUUCAUAACCAUACUGAAAGAGAAAAAAAUUAAAGUUUGUGACAAAUGUGAUUUACCAAGAGUUUCAUAUAUUUAUGUAAGUAAAUUGGGAAAUCUUUUAAGAAACUCAUCAAAUGUGAUUUAUAAUCCAUUUGUUUUACAAAUGGGUGCCUGUAUAGUAAUCCAGUUUGUUCUUUUUUUUUCUUUUCUUUUUUUUGCAUUGUACAUGGAUUUGCAUACUUAACAGACGAUUUGUCUAUGUUUUACUUUAAUUUAAAAAGUUAUUUAUCGUAGAUUAUAAGUUUCAACCCUCUGCCCUUAUAACUGCUGAGUAAAGACUAGAGCAGAGGUUAAAUGUUUGAUAAUAGGAAUUAAUAUUUUGUGUAAUUUAUAGUUUCUUAUUACAUAUUGUGAAUUUUCAUUUAAUACAAAAUUUGCUUUGCA